AUAGCAAUGACUUAACUUGUCAAACUCAAUUUUGUCAAAAUGGCGUUUAGCUUUCCAGCCUUUUCUUAUAUUAUAGCAUUAAUUGUAGACGCUUUUUUAAUAUUUUUUAGUAUAUUUCAUGUAAUAGCGUUUGAUGAAUUAAAGACGGAUUAUAAGAAUCCAAUUGAUCAGUGCAACAGUCUCAAUCCUUUGGUGCUGCCGGAGUAUUUACUGCAUUUAUUGAUAAAUCUUCUUUUCCUGCUCUCGGGAGAAUGGUUUUCAUUACUUAUAAACGUUCCAUUGAUUCUCUAUCAUAUUCACAGAUAUCGCACAAGACCUGUCAUGUCUGGUCCAGGGUUGUAUGACCCUACAAGCAUAAUGAAUGCUGACGUCCUAACGGUGUGUCAGAGAGAAGGCUGGAUAAAAUUAGCGUUCUAUCUGCUAUCAUUUUUCCUGUAUCUUUAUGGAAUGAUUGUGGUGCUGAUCGCCGUCUAGCAGAUAAUUUACAGACUUAAAACAGAACAUUAUUUAUUAGAUUCCAUAGAACAUAUAACUUUGACUCAAGUCGUUAUUGAAGCUGUCAGAAAAGAUUCAAAGUUUAUAUGUGGGUGAUUUAUAAAGAAACAUACUUCAGGGCUAAAUGAAAAGAUUUUUGCUACUUCUAGUAGAGAUUCAUCUGUAUGUGUUGUGUUGAACAAAUAUUUGUCGUCUGUUAGACAUAGUAUGUUGUGGAAUAUUUUAAUAAUAAAUUCUCAACUUUU